AUGUUAGUUUACUUCAUCGUUGGACUCGGGACACUCAUAUUGGGGUUUGCUUAUUACACGCAGCAGAUCUCGCAGCUGGACGCGGAUAUAGAGGCACAGAUAGACAUCUUCGCCAAUCUUGCAGAGGUGAUCCCGAGUGUUGAAGAUCGGGGUUUACAACAGAAACUAAAUGAGAUAGUAAAACAGGAAUUAUCUGCCAAAGACAGAGCGCGCGCGUUUUCGUUUAUUAUCACGGAUGCCGAAGGGAACGUCUUGAUUACGCGAGGCGUUGACCCAGAAUUGGACGCAAAAAUCGACAAUUUGGAUACGACAAAGGUAAACGAAGAUGAGAAAAUUUCGUUGACAGAAGAUGAAAAGGCGUUGCUGGGAUCAACAUUAGCGCGCAUGCAGAAAAAGAAUCCGCCCCGCAAGAUACUUAUACUUUUCAAAGAUAGGCAGCUAAAGGGUUACAUUUACUACGGUGAUGCCGCACCCAGCGAGAUGGAACAUCUGCCGUUUGUAAUAACCGAUACUGCUGGCGCGCCACAGAAAUGGCAGAUAUGGGGUGAUGUCGUUACCGCGGGUAACGCGACCGCGCAGGAACGGAAACGGGCGGAAAUCUUCGUUCAGAACGCACCGGCAUCUUCGAUGAUUGUAACAACACCUGAAAGUCACAACGGCUACUUCUACUAUGAAAGCAAAGUGUACUAUGCGUUAGUCGUGCCUUUCAUAGUUCCUAUAGUUUUAUUAGUAUUCGGGAUUGUCUGUUUCCUCAUUUACCAACGGAUAAAGUCUUAUGAACACUCGGCAAUUUGGGGAGGCUUAGCUAAAGAGACGGCGCAUCAACUCGGAACACCUAUUUCGUCGCUGUUGGCAUGGGCAGAACUCUUGCAUGAACGGAGCAGAGAAACAGGCGAUGCAACACUCGCCGAACUCUCCGAAAGUAUGCAAAACGAUCUGGAGCGUUUACAGAAAACAACUGCGCGCUUCGGUAUGAUUGGCACUCAACCGCCACUGGCCGAAGUGAACACGGCUGAAAUAUUUGAAGAAGUCCGAGCGUACUUUGAGAAACGGCUGCCGCACAUUAGCCGACGCGUUGAAAUUCAACUGAUGCUACACGAAGUGCCUCCUGUCCUCGCAAAUGCCCAACUGUUGCACUGGGUGUUUGAAAACCUUAUACGUAAUUCGCUGGAUGCUAUGGAUAAAGCGGACGGGUGGAUUCAGAUUGAACCGACACACGACAAGCGACACAGCGAUAUUGUUAUACGGUACGCCGACAACGGGAGCGGCAUAGACCGUAAGAAUCAGCGAAAAAUCUUUGAACCGGGGAUGUCUACGAAGACACACGGAUGGGGACUCGGAUUGACAGUGGUACAACGUAUCAUCCGUGAAUACCAUCACGGCGGUAUCCGCAUGGUUAAAACGAGCCCUAAAGGUACGACUUUUGAAAUUCGAUUGCCGGUCGCGUGA